AUGGCCCGAGCUGGGCAAUCGAACAGAAAAUCUCUAACUGCUUCAGAACAGAUUCAAGGAAUUAUAGAAGACUUGGCCAAUGGUGAAGUGACAGGGAAUCUGACGUUCGAGGAAGACGAUGAUUUAUCAUCAGAAUUCGACUUACAAGACGACGUAUUUGACCAUUUAUCAUCGCAGUGUACUUCGCCUGUCCAGGAGUACGGUACGGCGAAUGCUGUAAAUAAUGGCUACGUUUUGGAAGAUCAAAACAACUGUAACAUUGAAACAAAUACAGAGCAAUACGUGGAUAGACCUAGUCAGUUAAUUUUUUCAUCUGAUCACACGUUUGAGCAAACUGGCCAAAUCGAAGUGGACAGUCCAUUAACUGAUCUUUCGUUUCUGUCUGAAAUUAGUGGCGACGAUAGCAACGUUUUUUCAGGAGUAUACUCACGCACAGAUUCAGUGACAAAAUACUUAGAGUCUGUAACAAAUACUAGUGUAAAGGUCAAUCUCCUUUCAGACGCUCAGUUAAGUAGCACUUCAAAAGCUAGUGACACCCAAAAUCUGGACACAUGCAUGAUGCCCAUUGAGCCAAAAAGUCUGUGGUUUGGACUUAAUAACAUUCAAGAUACCACAACGUCGCCAAGAAGAACAGUUCAUCCAUUAGAUGACCGAUGGGUGUGGAGUUCAGAUCAGAGUGAUGACCAGGCCAUUGGCUGCUACUGUCAUCACUGUUGUAUAUCAGGGAAGAUGCUGACCAAUAAUAACACAACAGAUCCACCAUCAGCUCAGGUUGAUUCUUCAUUACGAAUGGUAUCUUCUAUCAAUGACAGUGUUGUGGAAGAUUCAGUUCACAUAAGUGACGCGUCAUAUACAGACAAAUCUUUGCUUGAACCUCGUCAGUCACUAUGCAAAAAUCUCGACUUUUCCGAGCAAGAUGAACUGAACCACCAGUCACGUGGCUACCCCUCUUCGUCUAAAUCAACUUGUCAAUCAAUUAGUGAUAAUAGUAGUGUUUCAACGUUUGAUUGUCUCACAGAUUGCAGAAUAAGCACUUCUAGUCAGUCUGUAAAACCAGAUGUAGCGAACACCACAUCAACCAAUAUCAAAAACAACACAGCUAUCUUUUCAACAAACCAUAGUACUAUUUCUGGUGGGCCUAAGAUGGUGUGUUUUGAAUUCAGUAUCGUCACACAAGAUAACACAAGCUUACUAGGGAGAAAAGUCCAUCCACAAGAUGACCGAUGGCUAUGGAGCUCAGACCAGAACGAUGGCCAGGAGAUUGGGUGUUACUGCCAUGAUUCGUGUAAUGCGGAGAAAACGCUAACCGGAAGCAAGAAAGAGGAAGGCCGUGACACAACAGUUAUGUCUUACUCCAGGUCUUCGUACAAAUCUUCUUCUCUCCGAUAUAGCGAUAACUUAUCGGACUCUUCAUCACUUCGGUCCUCAUCACGCACAUCAUCAUCCCUCUAUGAUACUGACGACAGUUUAUCGUCCAUUCGACGAUCUAGUCGUGGUGCUACUGGUCUAGAUGACGACUUAACUUCAAGUGUUCGUCGUUCAGUUCGUCCUUCUCAGCUCGAAGAUGACGACUCGGGUUUAUCUUCGUAUCGUCGUUCCUCACGUUUACGGGACGAAGAAAGCUCAUUAUCGUCUACUCGGCACUCCUCGCGGUUCAGCUCACGAGAUGAGGACUCUGACAGUUCCUUACUAAGCAAAAGUUAUCGAUCCUCUCACUUAAAAGACGAGGACGAGUCGACUUCUUCUGCUCUCCGCCUCUCCUCAGCCUUGACAGAAAAAGACGAAAGCUAUUCCUACCAGUCUUCCAGUAAAUCUAAGUUUGCCUCUCAUUCUUCUGUUUCAGUCUGCAGUGAAGACACAGGAACAACUGCGUACAGCAGAUCGUCUCGAACAGAAUCGUCAUUAAAAAAAUCUUACAGCACCGAUUCUAGUGGUUCAAAGGUACAAAUAUCAUGUUAA